AUGGACAUUCUUUUGCGUGAAAGCCUCUUUGGCCGUCUCAUCAACCACGUCGCCAACGACAAGGCCCUGCCCUACCCGGAACAUGCCCCGGAUAAGGAAGACCAACGUGGAGGGCAGGGCACGACAGAGGCUGGGGUUGAAGGAGACUUGUGCCCCAGAAACUGGCCAAAGAUCACCAAGUCCUUCGCUACUGUCAGCGUGAUGCUCCUCAACUUUAGCUUCUACGCCGCGUCUGCCAUCUUCACCCCGAGCAUCCCCUUGAUAGAGGACAAGUUCGGGGCAACAACGAGCCAGGGCACCCUCGGGUUGUCGCUGUUCGUGAUUGCCUACGGAAUCGGCCCAUUGGUUCUGUCUCCGUUGUCCAACCUCCCGUCGAUUGGGCGCUCGCCCGUGUACGUGCUCGGGUCGUUGGCCUUUUGCCUCGUCAACAUCGGCACAGCACUGUCUCGCAACGUGCCAACAAUCCUGGGGCUCCGAUUCCUGGGCGGUCUUGUCGGGAGCGCUCCCAUCAGCGUGGGCGGCGCAACUCUUAUGGAGAUCUACGGCCCAAGCCAAGUCCCUUAUGCUAUAGCAUUCUACGCCGUCAGCGGCGUGUGCGGUCCGAUACUGGGACCGAUUAUCGGUACUCUGGUCGUAAACCGCUGGCAGACGUGGACAGCGACGCUUUGGGUCCUCGCGGGCAUCACCGCCUUUACGACGCUUUUUGUGUUUCUGUUCCUUCCCGAGACGCUCAUGUCCAACAUAGUACGGCGCCGGUUGCGCCGUGACGGGGAACACGAGGCGGAGCAUGCUGGUUCAAACUUCCUCGCCGAGGUCGCUCGUCAGACUGUCGAGGACUUUAAGCUGUCGUGCAUGGAUCCCGUCAUACUCUUCGUCAACAUACACACCAUGCUCAUCUAUGGCGUGCUGUACCUGUGGUUCGAGUUUUUCCCAUUCGUGUUCGGAGGCAUCUACGGGUUUGACGCCACUCAACAAGCACUGGCCUUUUUCGGUAUCCUCGUUGGAGCCAUUCUUUCGGUGGCAAUGUACCUCGCGUGGCUCUACUUCAUCUACCAGCCCCGGCUAGCAGACCCCGACGUGGACGUACAACCCGAGGACCGCCUCCGCCCCGGGCAAGUCGGCGCGGUCUGCAUACCAAUCUGUCUGUUCAUCUUUGCGUGGACCUCGCGCGAAAGCAUCCACUGGAUCGUGCCCAUCAUCGGCACCGGCUUCUUCGCGCCAGGCUUCUAUCUGACGUUUCAGUCCAUCCUCAACUACCUCGGCGAGUCGUACCCACGGCAUGUCGCGAGUGUCUUUGCGGGCAACACCUUCUUCCGCAGCUCGUUUGGGGGUGCACUCCCGCUCGCUGCGCCACGCAUGCUGCAGAGCCUGGGCAUCGGCUGGGCGUCGACUACGCUCGGGUUCAUUUCCCUCGUGCUUGUCCCUCUGCCGUUUGUUCUGGAACGUUAUGGCAAGAGGCUGCGUUCUUGGAGCCGGUACGCCAACUAG